GAGGCAUCUGUCCACUGUCCUUAUUCUGUAAUCUAAAAGAAAAAUCUCCGUUGCAAUGUGAUGGGCGUCGACCAUGCUAUGGAGUCACGGAGCCUCUGACGAAUUGCCAGAUUCUACGAAAAUCGCAUUGGUUCCUAAAGAGAGCAGAUGAAUCCAAAGCAAAGCAAAGUAAUAAAUCAAAACCAAAAAGAGGAGAAAUCGGAUAGAUCUUGGAUGGUUCAGAACAAUCCACAUAUUGGUUUCUAUCGUCAGGAUUCAGAAAAGAAAUCGGUUCUCUCGCUGAAGAAUCACUUGCUAGCGUGAACGAGUCCGGCUCGUCUUCUGGGCAAGGCACGGUAGGUCUCCUCUCGAUCCGUCUCCAUCCUGCUGCCGCGUAUACAUAUACAUAUACAGGCCGCUGUUGGAUUGGAUAGCAUUGUGUGUUGGCUCGUGCUGAUCAAUCUUGGCAACCAUGGACGCCGUGUGCGACAGCCUGCUGCUGGAGGAGAUCCUCCCGCGCGUGGCUCCCAAGAACCUCCUCCGCCUCGGCGCCACCUCGCGCCGCUACAACGCCCUCGUCCGCAGCCCCGGCUUCCGGCGCCGGUACUGGUGUCGCGCCGGCGUCUUCUUGGACCUCGCCCGAGACGCCAGCGGGGUUCUUCCGCGCUUCCUCUCUUCAAGCCAUGCGCCGGAGAAGCUCGUCGUGCUCGGCGACGGCGACACGACGAACCUCGCCUUGUUUCCCAGUUCCUCUUCCUCCAGCGCGCGUACUACCGAGGAGCUGGCGGAGGCCUCCCUCUCCUCGUCGUGGUGGCGCACCGGCGUCGUCGUCGUGGCGGCGCACUCGACGACGGGCGGCCUGCUGCUGUGCGCCAAGGGCCGUCCCACCUCGCGAAGUGCGCAGUACUACGUGUGCAACCCUGUGACGCGGCAGCGCGUGGUUCUCCCGGAGCUGCGGUCGUCGUCCCUCUGCUACGACCCGCAGUGCGCGCUCCUGACGACGGUGGCGAAUUGCACGGCGGGUUCGGGAUCUCAGUUCCAGGUGGUGGUGAUCGAGCAAUGGCAGAUGGAAGACGCGUACCUUCGCCUCAAAGUCUUCUCCUCGGGCGCCGGCCAGUGGGAGAGCACAAGGAUCUCACUGUCGGAGUCUUCCCUCCCUUUCGAGCACGACUUCCGGCCGCGUCCGGUGCUGGGACAGAGCGGCGCCGCCUACUGGCUGCAGCCGCGGGACGACACGGCCAUAGCAUAUCACAGCGCGAGCGACUCCUUCCAAGUCAUUGCGCUGCCUCGCCAUCUCGCCAGCCGCAAACGGGACCGGGUGAUAGGGGAGCGCCAUGGCGGAGGCGGAUCCGGAGGCGGCGGCCUCCGGUUCGCGCAGUCGCACGCGUCGGUGCUGGAGGUGUGGGAGUGGAACGAUUCACAGACGACGACGACGAGGAGGAGGAGGACGACGACGAGGAUAGCACAGGACGCGUGGACGCUGCUGCAUCGGGUUGGCAUCGCGGAGCUGCUGGAACGGAACCCAGAAGCCGCCGCAGCUGCAGGACAAGGUCGUUCUCACGUCACGCCAGUCGGCUUCCACCCAACCGACGUUGAUGUCGUCUUCCUCGAGUUACCUUGGGGUGUGGUGGUCGCCUACUCCAUGGAGCAUGGCACCAUGAAUCUGCAGUGCACACACAAUGGCUACGGGACUUCAGUUAAUCUCUUCCCGUAUGUGCAUCCGCCUUACCCGGUGCAGAUUCCUGCGAUAAACAACAACAACUCAUCACCCUUGGCAUUACCAAGAAAACGAAAAGCAGGGACACAUGAAUGAUGCCCAGCGCGCCACGCAAAGGUGACAGACUGACAGGCAAGGGACACACCCAAUUGCCUCGUCAAGACGAAUCAAUUUUGAGCAAAGCUACAAGGGCGUCAUUAGUGAGCGUAUCUAAGGUUUUCAUAUAAUGUACUCCCUU